AUCUCCUAUAAUAGAUUGACACAUUUACCACGUCUACCGGAUAACCUUUCACAUCUAAACAUCAUCGGUAACAAUAUAGAUGUGACAGAACGUAUGUUUGAGGGUUUGGAUAAUCUGAAGAUGUUGUUCACUGAUAUCCCCUUUAUGUGUUGUGUUAAACCACCUUCAGUUGAUGACAAUAAUUGCUUUAAAACAAAGUAUUCAUUAUGGCAAUGCACUUUUUAUCCUGGUCGUUGUAAAUCAGAAAAUGAUGCGAUAUCAUCUUGUUUUGCCCUGAUAGGUUCGACUUUACUAAGAGUUUGUCUCUGGAUAAUAGGAAUGUGUUCUUUAAUUGGAAACUUAGCCGUAAUAGUGUAUAGACUUCACAUCGACAAAGAUAAUAUUACAAAAAACUAUUCGCUCUUCACUGUGAAUUUAGCCAUGUCUGAUUUACUUAUGGGUGUUUAUCUAUUCAUAAUAGGAGUUAUUGAUGUUUAUUACGAUGGUGUAUACGCCUGGAACAACAAUAGAUGGAGAAACAGUGUUUUGUGUACUGCAGCAGGUAUCUUGUCGAGUGUGUCAAGUGAGAUGUCGACAUUCCUGAUAUUAAUGGUUACAAUAGACAGAUUAAUUGCCAUCAUGUUUCCUCUGUCCCGUCUCUCUCGGUGGAGAAAUUCCUGGAAACUCUCAUUACUUGUGUUAGUUUCCUUAUGGAUAGUUUCAAUCAUUCUUGCAACCAUCCCUAUUGUAGCUAGUCAGUCUUACUUCAAAGGGGAAUUCUACUCUCAGUCGAGUGUUUGUCUUGGCCUUCCUCUCACAGCAGAGCAGCGACCAGGCACUGAGUAUUCAUUUGCUGUAUUUGUAUGCCUCAACAGCGCCGUGUUUACCGUAAUUGUCGUAGGUCAAAUUUGUAUCUGGAAAGGCAUGAGGGAGAGUCGACGACGCAUUUCAUCAUCACAGAAUCGAGAACGAGAGACGGCUGUUGCAAGGACUCUUUUCUUCGUGGUAGCGACAGACUUUUGUUGUUGGUUUCCCAUUGGUGUAAUGGGAGUGGCAUCAAAGUGUGGGGUAGAAAUCCCGAAUGGAGUGUACGCCUGGGUGAUGGUGUUCGUGUUGCCUAUCAAUGCCGCCAUCAAUCCGUUUCUGUACACUGCUACAGCUGUGUGGAGGAAACGACGAACGAUCUUAAUAAAGAUAACAUCAUCGACACGACCAAAGCACCUGCCGUCUGCAAGUAUCGAUAUUCAGACAACGCCAGUCGGCAGAGAUAUUGUGGCCAGUACUGAUAUUCAGACAACGCCAGUCGGCAGAGAUGUUGUGACCAGUACUGAUAUUCAGACAACGUCAGUCGGUAGUGAUGUUGUGGCCAGUACUGAUAUUCAGACGUCAGUCGGCAGAGAUGUUGUGGCCAGUACUGAUAUUCAGACAACGUCAGUCGGCGGAGAUGUUGUGGCCAGUACUGAUAGUCAGACAACGCCAGUCGGCAGAGAUGUUGUGACCAGUACUGAUAUUCAGACAACGUCAGUCGGCAGAGAUGUUGUGGCCAGUACUGAUAUUCAGACGUCAGUCGGCAGAGAUGUUGUGGCCAGUACUGAUAUCCAGACAACGCCAGUCGGUAGAGAUGUUGUGGCCAGUACUGAUAGUCAGACAACGCCAGUCGGCAGAGAUGUUGUGACCAGGACUGAUAUUCAGACAACGCCAGUCGGCAGAGAUGUUGUGACCAGUACUGAUAUAUAG